AUGCCCACUGACGCCUCAGGAUCAUCACCCCCAGGCAGGCGCCACUCCUUGCUGGCGCGCAUACCCCAGAUGACACUCGGGGCUCUGCCAAAGUGGAAGUCAACCAAAUUUCCCCCUGAUGUCCUUGCGGAGUGGAAAGCCAUGCGAGAAGGCCGCAAGACCCCGUACGGCAUCCUGGCGUUGACCCAGACGACAGUCGACGUGGCUCUGGACUUUGAAGAGUCGUGGUCCAUCAUCGACGUGACGACAAAAUUCGACGAGGAGCACAGGGCCUACUACAAGUCGUACUGGCAGGACUGGGAGACCUUAGAUGACAUGAUCACGAGAGUCAUAGACGACUGCCGCACGUAUUUGGCGUCAACGUGGGACUGUGAGGUCGAACAGAAGAAGGAUGAGUUGGAGAUCAUGUGGACGAGGCUGAAGGUUCAGUACGAGACGUUACAGCCAACCUUCGAUAUGUUCCGGAAGAAGGGAAUGCUGUGA